UAGCAUCGAAAAGUUCUGUGUUAUCGAUGACACUUGCAGAUGCCGGUAAUUUAUCUGAGAUCGCUAUAGAUUUCAAGGCUUUUGUUGGGUUUUGAUAAAACAGGUUCAUGCAGUUUUGUUAAGUUCUUUUAUUUAAGAUUUGUAAAAAAAUAUGUCCGACGAUGAGGAUCUUCAAUAUGUUAAAAGGCAACGAACAAUACAUUAUGGUUCUCUGGAAGAAGUCGAGAGAAAACGUCAAGCUGGGGCUCCUAUUGCGGGUGGUAGCUCUACGGCAAUUUCAUCUACAUCAAUUUCUGGUGGGGUAACGAAUCAACUUGAGGACAUCGACUCUGACGAAGAUUAUGAGGAAGUAAAGAAACCAUCGGCGUCUCUGUUGCCGCCUACUUCAGGGGCUUUGGCUAACAAGAUCGAUGAUGACUACUUUGACUUGGAAACUGAAGUAGCCAAGGACAAGGAAGCUCUACUCAAAGAAUUUGAACGUAAAAAACGUGCACGCCAAAUAAACGUUUCCACAGACGAUGCUGAGAUAAAAGCCAAUUUGCGGCAGCUUAAUGAACCAAUAUGUUAUUUUGGUGAAGGGCCAGCAGAAAGACGGCGGCGGUUAAAGGAAUUAUUGGCCAGCUUGGGAGAGAACGCAAUAAAGCAAAAACAGACAGAAGAAGAGGAGCGAAAACAACUUCAAAAAGAACAGGAAACAACAUGGUAUCACGAAGGACCAGAAGCUUUGCGUAUAGCAAGAAUUUGGAUUGCUGACUACUCAUUGCCACGUGCAAAAGAACGAUUAGAACAUGCCCGCUCCCAAUUGGAUAUACCAAGCGCGACUCGUGCUGGGCGUAUGGUUGAACUUCAAAAGCGUUUACAUUCUUUAGCACCACAGUGCAGUCAAGUGGGAGAUACGCGCCCAGUUAGUGGAGUAGCUUUUAGCGAAGAUUCGAUGUUACUACUGACGUCGUCAUGGUCAGGGUUGUGUAAAGUGUGGACAGUGCCCGAUUGCAAGCUAUUGUUAACACUUCGCGGCCAUGCUAGCUAUGUAGGAGGCGUUGCAUUUCGAUCAGGUGUAUCACAAGAGGAUGGAAAUGUUGUGGCAAUGGCUUCUGGAGGACAUGAUGGAGCAGUUAAGUUAUGGGGAUUUAAUUCUGAGGAAUCACUCGCAGAUAUAACGGGUCAUAUGCCACACCGAGUUUCUAAAGUUGGAUUUCACCCGUCUGGUCGAUUUCUGGCAACUGCAUGCUACGAUUCCUCAUGGCGACUGUGGGAUUUAGAACAGAAAACAGAAGUUUUGCAUCAAGAAGGCCAUGCUAAAGCGGUUCAUAGCCUAAGCUUCCAAACAGACGGUAGUGUUAUAGUAACCGGCGGAUUGGAUGCGUUCGGGCGUGUGUGGGACCUAAGAACAGGUCGUUGCGUAAUGUUUUUAGAAGGUCAUUUGGGCUCUAUUUUCGGAGUAGAUUUUUCGCCAAAUGGAUUCCACAUAGCCACCGGCUCGCAAGAUAAUACAUGUAAGAUUUGGGACUUGCGACGCCGACAGCCUGUUUACACUAUACCUGCGCAUACAAAUUUAAUAUCGGACGUUAAAUACCAGCGGGAUGGCGGAAGUUUUCUUGUUACAUCUUCCUACGAUUGCACUACAAAAAUAUGGUCAAACAAAACAUGGCAACCAUUAAAAACUUUAUUGGGACAUGAUGGAAAAAUAAUGGCCGUAGACAUUUCCCCGAAUUCUCAGCAUAUUGUGACGGCUUCAUUCGAUCGUACCUUUAAGCUUUGGGCGUCGGAAAGCUGAUGCCAAUGAAUGUCAUUUUUCGAGUUUAUAUGAAUGCCUUAUGACUCAUUACACUACGUAACAGUGAAAUUUAUCUUUGAACUCAAAAUAUCGAAAGAUGUGGCUGUAAACUCUAACAGGUAGUAAAACCCACACAGUUAAAGUUUUAAAUUCACCCUUGAAAAGUGAAAUAGGAUGACAUCCAAAUUUAGAGACGCAAACCCGUUUUUCGCGAGUUCGACAGUGAAUCGCUUACAAUAAUUCACCCAAAUUCAU